CUAUUGUCGAGAUUCUUCUCCCAUCAAGGCAUAGAGUGCCGGAGCUUUGUCUUGUAAUAGAUGGCAAAAAACGAAAAGGAUCAAGCUGUUUUGGUUUUCUUGAUAUUUUUGUUCUGGGAGGAAUUGAGAGAAACGAUGUUUGUUUAGAACUUAAAUAUAUUUCGUUAAACGGUCUGGUGAGAGAUGUUGGAAAUCAAGUAGGAGUUCUUGAUGCUAGUGAGUUAGAAAAGUUAGAUAAGAUACUUGAGACGGAAGAUGAAGAGUCUUUACUGAAUAGACGAUAUGUAUAUUGGUCAACGAAUCUUAGAAAAACGGUACAGACAACCAUAUGUGAAAUAAUAAAUGAUGGAUUAGAACAGUUAAGGUCAUAUAUGAGUACAAUAGCAAAGGGUUAUGCGGUUGGAUAUUCUAUUUCGGGAGUAUUCGAUGAAUGA